CUAUUAGACCUCUCAACUCUAUCCAAGUUAAUCCACCAUGGACUCAUCACUAGACAACACCAAUAACUUUGAGCUGCAUGACUUCAUUGACGAUCCAAACUUUGAUCAAUUUAUCGAUUUAAUUCGAGGUGAGCAUGAAGAUGCAAUAUCUAACUUUGGUUCUGACCUUAUCAAUGAUUGCUUCAUUGAUAAUAAUAUUAACCAACUUCUUUCAAUUCCUCCAAAUCCAUUAUUUGAUCACAACAACAAUAUUAUUAAUAAUAAUGUUGUUAAUGAGUAUAAUCCAAGCCCUACAACAAUUGGCUCCUUCUCUUGUUAUGAUGGAGUGAUUAAAGGAGAAGGAGAAAAUGAUGGAGGUGGUUCUUCUGCAACAACAACGACAACGACAACCACGAUCGAUGAUGCCAACCCUAGGGCUAAAACUGAUAGGUCCAAGACUCUCAUUUCUGAGAGAAGGAGGAGAGGCAGGAUGAAGGAUAAGCUUUAUGCAUUGCGUUCUUUGGUUCCCAACAUUACAAAGAUGGAUAAGGCUUCUAUAAUUGGAGAUGCAGUAUCAUAUGUGCAUGACCUUCAAGCACAAGCUAGGAAGUUAAAUGCUGAGGUUUCAGGGCUUGAAACAUCUUUAUCAGUGUCUGAAAAUUAUCAAGGAUCAAUUAGUAACACCAUUAAUGUUCAAAGCCAUCCAAUUUGCAAGAAAAUUAUCCAGGUGGAGAUGUUUCAAGUGGAGGAAAGAGGUUAUUAUGCAAAAAUAUUGUGCAAUAAAGGAGAAGGAGUAGCUGCUUCAUUGUACAAGGCUCUUGAGUCUCUUGCAAAUUUCAAUGUCCAAAACUCAAACUUAGCUACAGUUUGUGACACUUUUCUACUUACAUUUACACUGAAUGUAAACGGUUCUGAACCAGAAAUGAACCUUCAAAAUUUGAAGCUAUGGGUGGCUGGUGCUCUUUUGAACCAAGGCUUUGAAUUCAUGCCAUCAUUUUGAGCCACUGCAUGAAGUUUUCUACGUGAAGAGAUUUCUAAUUUAGUUGCUAAUUAAGUUUUGGUGUGUUCCUCACUUUAUUUUUUGGAAGAAGUUUGUCACUUUACUUAUAGAGUAUUAAAUUUUGAUGUCUCUAAUUUAAAUCCUUAAUUCAAGUUUUUUUAAUAUUGAUAUAUGUCUCGGUCACCGACCAAAUUGAUGUUUCGGUGGAAUGACUAAAUUUGUUGAUAUUUUUUUUGUAUGAAUUGUAUUUCUUCCUCGUGCAA